GCCCUUGGUUUUCCACUUGUCUGGAUUCCGAAGUGCUCGCCCGUCCCUGCAUCUUGAUAUAUGCUGUUCCUCUGUCCUGACUUGCCCCGGCAUCCAGGAAGAAUAUUUCAAGAAUUACCUGUUUUUGUCUCAUUUGAAAAAAGUUGUUUUUCUUCUGAAGGGUGUCUUCAGGGUUGUCUACAUUUUCCCAAGAACACCAGAAAAUGAAUAAAUCCCAGAUUGAACACAAAUGCCAGACAUCACUGUCAUUUAAGGAUGUGACUGUGGGCUUCACCCAGGAGGAGUGGCAGCAUCUGGACCCCACUCAAAGGUCCCUGUAUAGAGAUGUGAUGCUGGAGAACUACAGCAACCUUGUCUCAGUGGGGUAUUGUGUUACCAAGCCAGAGGUGAUCUUCAGAUUGGAACAAGGAGAGGAGCCAUGGAUAUUGGAGGAAGAAUUCCCAAGCCAGAGAUUCCCAGACAUCUGGAAACCUGAUUACAUGAAAGAGAGGAGCCAAGAAGACCAGUUUCACCAUGUGUGGGAAGUUGUGUUUAUGAAUAACAAAAUGCUGACUAAAGAACGAAGUCAUGUAAUACGGGAACCAUUUAACUUGGAUACAAAUUUUUUUACUUCCAGAAAAAUAUUCUGUCAGUGUGACUCAUGUGGAAUGAGUUUCAACUAUAUUUCAGGAUUGAUUAUCAAUAAGAAAAACUAUUUAGGAAAAAAGACUGAUGAAUUUAAUGCUUGUGGAAAAUUGGUACUCAAUAUUAUACAUGAGAAAACUCAUACUAGAGAGAAAAGUGAAUUUUUUAAAAAUGGGAAAGCUUUCAGUCAUAAUGAGGACCCUAUUCAACAUGAGAAAGUUCAAACUGUGCAGCAAAAUUUUGAAUUUAACAUAUAUCAAGAAACCUUUCUUGAAAAGGCAGUAUUUAAUACACAGAAGAGAGAGAUCACAGAUGGGAAUGAUUGUGAAUAUAAUGAAUAUGGAAGAACAUCCUAUGAGAACUCAGCCUUCUUAUUACAUCAGAUAAUGCCGACAAAGGAAAAUCAUUAUGAAUUUAGUGUUUGCGGGAAAAAAUCAUUUUGUGUGAAUCCUAACCUUUUGAAGAAUCAUGGAUCAUAUAUGAAACAUUUUGAAUGUAAUGAAAAUGGGAAUAAUUUCAGGAGGAAGUUAUACCUCUCACAACUUCAGAAAACUCAUAAAGGAGAGAAACACUUCGAAUGCAAUGAAUGUGGGAAAGCUUUCUGGGUGAAAUCACACCUCACUCGACAUCAGAGGGUACAUACAGGACAGAAAUGCUUUCAAUGUAAUGAAUGUGGAAAAAAGUUUUGGGAGAAGUCAAACCUUAUUAAACAUCAGAGGUCACACACAGGGGAGAAACCCUAUGAAUGCAGUGAAUGUGAGAAAGCCUUCAGCCACAAGUCGGCCCUCACAUUACACCAGAGAACACAUACAGGGAAGAAACCCUAUCAAUGUAAUGCGUGUGCAAAAACUUUUUACCAGAAGUCAGACCUUACUAAACAUCAGAGAACGCACACAGGGCUGAAACCCUAUGAAUGUAACGAAUGUGGGAAGUUCUUCUGUAUGAAUUCACAUCUUACAGUUCACCGGCGAACUCAUACAGGUGAGAAACCCUUUGCAUGCCUCGAGUGUGGGAAAUCUUUCUGUCAGAAGUCACAUCUUACACAGCAUCAGAGAACUCACAGAGGGGAUAAACCCUAUGAAUGUAACACAUGUGGCAAAACCUUCUACCACAAGUCUGUACUCACCAGGCAUCAGAUAAUUCAUACAGGGUUGAAACCUUAUGAAUGUUAUAAAUGUGGAAAAACCUUCUGCUUGAAAUCUGACCUCACAGUACAUCAGAGAACUCACACAGGGGAGAAACCCUUUGCAUGUCCCGAAUGUGGGAAAUUCUUCAGCCAUAAGUCCACCCUCUCUCAACAUCACAGAACACAUACAGGUGAGAAACCCUAUGAAUGUCAUGAAUGUGGAAAAAUUUUCUACAAUAAAUCAUACCUAACUAAACAUAAUAGAACACAUACAGGGGAGAAACCGUAUAAAUGUAGUGAAUGUGGGAAAGCCUUCUGCCAGAAGUCACAGCUCACUCAGCACCGGAGAAUCCACAUAGGGGAGAAACCCUAUGAAUGUAGUGAAUGUGGAAAGGCUUUCUGUCAUAAGUCAGCUCUAAUUGUACACCAGAGAACUCAUUCAGAUGAAAAGCCCUAUAAAUGUAAUGAAUGUGGAAAAUCUUUCUGUGUGAAGUCAGGACUUAUUUUACAUCAGAGAAAACACACAGGGGAGAAACCCUAUGAAUGUAAUGAAUGUGGGAAAUCCUUCAGUCACAAAUCAUCCCUCACAGUGCAUCAUAGGGCUCACACAGGAGAGAAAGCUUGUCAAUGUAAUGAAUGUGGGAAAAUUUUUUACCGUAAGUCAGACCUUGCUAAACAUCAGAGAUCACACACAGGGGAGAAGCCCUAUGAAUGUAACACAUGUGGAAAAUACUUCUCUCAGAAGUCGAACCUCAUUGUACAUCAGAAAACACACACAGGAAGAGGGAAAUCUUAUGAUUGAAGUGAAUAUUAGAAAUGUUGAGCCACAAUUCAGCAUCCGCUACACUUCAGAGACUUCACCCUUUGGAGAAAGCU